AUGUAUGUUACGGCGAUUUCUUGCAGGUGGCGGGCUGGGGUUUCGAUCAGUCUGGAGAACAAAAUGAACUAUUAACUACAAUCGAAAUGUCCGAGGUGGACACGCAGUCCUGUCUUCAAGCUCACGAUGCUUCGUUGGCGAACUACUUAACCGAUAAGGUUUACUGCGCGAAAUAUGUCAAUGGCACUAGUAACUGUCACAACGACAGCGGGGGCGGCAUGAUGGUCCGAGUGAGGAACAAAUGGUACCUGCGCGGCGUGCUCUCGUUCUACUACUCGCCCGAGCUGCAGCACGCCUGUCAGAGUCACGCCCUAUUCACGGACGUCGCCAAGCACUUGCCCUGGAUCAAACAGCACGUCUACGACUUCCUGUGAUGUCAACGAAUAGGAAUAAACGAAUAACUAAGUCUUUUUGUAUUUAUUUAAGUACAUAUGAACGUACGUACAC